CAAUGUUGUCAGUGUUUGUUUUAUGUGUGACUCCUCCCACCAGAGGAUGGCUGUGGGGUUUUCCUUUUCUUUCUUAGGAGGUGGACACCUGGGCGUGCCUGCUGAGUAGUUGGGUGGAGUCUCUUGCUGUCCUGGGAUUGGAUAAUUGGUUGAUCACCUCCAGUAUUUAACCACCAGAUGACAGCCACCUGCUGUCACUCACAUUGCUCACUGCUGAAGCAACUAAAUGGCUGCUUAGCACUUUAAAAGGUGGGUUUACUCCUCAACAGCUUCACCAUGAAGUUUUACUUCUGUCGAGCUCAUCAUCGGGUAUCCAGCAACCUGACAGUCUACCUGAAGAACCUGACGGCUGCUGACUUCCUGCUCUGCCUCAGCCUGCCCAUCCGCAUCACCAACUACGCCAGCAGCUCCACCACCAUCCACCAACUCCACUGCAGCAUUGGAAUCCCUGUGCUAUACUUUAACAUGUACGCCAGCAUCCUGUUCAUGGGGUACAUUGCUGCUAACAGGUAUCUGAAGAUCAUCCAUCCAUCAGGAACUCACAUGUUGCAGACAGUACGAGCUGCAAAAAUCCUCUCCGGGAUCACCUGGGCUUGUCUCCUGGCCCCAACAAUCAGCUUCAUCACCACAUUUUUCAUCACCCAAAAACCUCAGAUCUCUGACCUCAGACACUGUGACUCCGUCUUCAGUGCAUCUGCCAGCCUGCUCGGAAAGGGCAUCCACACCUGUUUGGGGAUCAUCUUCCUGGUGGUCCUAAUAUCCCUGGUCUUCUUUACAACAUGAUCGUGUUGGGCGAUCGUGGCUCAAGAG